AUGGACCAGGGCGUAACAUUCAAACCCCCAGCUGCAACCCAAUGGGAGCCCAGCGAGUUCCCGCAAGUUUUGGAGUUCCUGGGAGAUGCAUUUGGCGACAGUCCGUCUACCUCAUCUGUUGGACCGUCCCUAGAUACCGAUACGGAGUCUUAUCUCUUUGCUUCUAUCGUCGAAUACUGUCGGCAGAACCCUCGUAUACCGUCGAAGACGUCAUUUCGGCGAUCAAAAAGAGUUCAGAUGGAAAGACUCUCGCCCUUCCGUGAUCUGGCUCCGGGCCUGCCAUCAUCGACAGCACACAAGAAGCAGAAGACUUGUACGCCUUCUGAUGCCGAUGGGGAUGCCGAGGACGGGAGCGGGAGCAAUGGCGACGCUGGCGACGAUGGAAGUGGAGACGGCGAAGACGGAGACGACAAAAGCAGUGACGGAGAUGGUGAUACGGAGACAGAGACGCUCCCUUAUCAAAUCCAGUCUGGCCGUGACAGGAUCCAUCUUCGAAGGUUCUAUUCGCCUGAGGACCGACUCAGGAACGUGCAGAAAAAUUUGGCUCAGUACUACAUGAGCGCGCAGCAGUGGAAAGAAGUGAAGGAAGUGAUGGAAAAUAUCAACCGUCCACAGAGGAAGAAAUACCCCCAGGUAUGGCUACAAGUUCAAAGGACUUGGUACCAGGAGGUCUGGGCCAUUCUUUUCCCCCUUGGCCAAUAUGUCCCGGACUCGCCCUUCUACAUGAGCAAUGAAGCACUCAAAGAGCGCUGCCACCAUAUUGUCGAAGCGAUGAUGGACCUUGAAUGCGAACGAGCCCAGGCACGGGAUUGUCCCAGUCGCGAAAACACUCAGUUUUUCACCCGCCUCCAGGUCCAAGAGACGCUAGACAAGGCACUCCUGGUCGGGUUGGAUUCACUUCCUAUUGUCGCCCAACAAUCUGAGCGGUGCCGCAGCGACCACACCGGAAGACGAACUGCAGGGCCGACCCCUGGUGGGUUUGAUGGGAUCACCCCGAACACUGAAGCGGCGGCAGCAGAGACUGAGGAAAGUUCGACGCCGGAAAACACGCUAUCGAUGAUACCGAAGGCUGUUACACCCCAGCCGUUGCCCUUCCAGAUUGCUCUUGAUGCACAGCAGACCUUACAGAAAUCUUCUGAUGUGCCGCUGGAGAACAACGGGCAAAGCACUUUCAUCAGCAUUGAGCUCAACCGAGAAAUACGCUUCAAGCAACUGAGCAGGCACCAGUGGCCCGGGUGCAAGCUGCGCCUUUGUUCGGUAAAAAUCGAGGACCCGCGCGACUGGUACUUUGGUGACAUCGUAUUUGAGGGGCUGGAAGGGAGGGGUGCAGCAAGGGAAACAUGA